UCGAAAAGGAAACAUGGUGGUCUGUCGGUGUAUGUUAGGACUUUUUAUAAUUCUUCUUUACUUUGGGAAAGAAGUAUAUGCCCACGAGCCUAAUUUUCAUCUAGCAGAUAUGGAAUUGAUUACGGUUAUAAAAGCAAGGGAAAAGGAAUGUUUUUAUCAAUUUGCUAAGCCCCGACAAGCUUUAAGAUUUGAAUAUAGGGUGGUUGAUGCUGGAUUUAGUAGCCUUGGCAUUACACGAGAUCUCAAGAUCACAUUUUACGUGCGUUCUCCAGACAAUAAAGUAGUAGUGAAAGAUGUGAAGAAAUCCAAUGGAAUAAAAACGUACGAAAUCAAAAAAGCAGGUGAUUAUGAAAUGUGCCUCGACAACUCUUUUAGCCAAUUGUCAUCAAAAACUGUUUAUUUUGAAGUGUCAGUUGAUGUAAGUUCUGCAGGAUACAGAUGGACUAUGAUAAACGAAUUAUUGGAAUCUGAUCAGAAGAGAAAUGACACUAUUAGUCGACUGAAAAGGACCGUAAACAAAGUAAAAGAUGACCUGGAGAAUAUCAAACAUCAUCAAGAUACGUUCCGGGCUGUAGAAGCAAGAGAUAUACAUAUUCAAGAGAAAAAUUUGACAAAGGUUAAUGCCUUUUCCUCUUUGACGACGGUUUUCAUUAUGCUAUUCGGCUCAUUUCAUCUUUUUGUCUUGAAAAGUAUGUUUACUCCGAAAAGUUUGCUGUACAGGAUUUUCAAACGUUUGUGUUGA